CAGCGAUUGUGAAUUUUCUUUAGAGGAAAAAAGAAAGCUUUAAAAAAAAAUAGAUCCAUGUCCACCCUUCCAGAAAAAAAGCAGAUCUCUCGCUACCCUCUUCACCUCUUUCUAUCCUCGCUGAGACCGUAAUUUUAACUUGACAAGCCUUACACGUUCUCCAGCGCUGGAUUCAGUGACCGGAAAUUCUCCGCAAUCUUGCGAUUGCCCUCUCUCCAUCAUAUAUCUUCUCUUACUUUUCCCUUAGUCAAUUAGGGGUUUGGACGAAGAAGAAGAACGAGCGUCUCUCUCCUUAUUGAGUGACCGGAUAGUCUCCUCAAUUUCGCGAUGACACUGAUGAAGAUCGCUGCAAGAAAUCAACAAAUUUGGCCUUCUGAUGGAUCGAUUAGGGAACUGAUUCCGAUUAAGACAGACAUAUUCUGCUACCUUGCUCCUUCGAUUUUGUUUCAUAGCUUGACCUCGUUUCUUAUUGUGCAUUUGAUUAAUUUGCUUUCCUUUUUCUAGGUUUUGUGUGUGUGUUUUAGAGUUUAUCUGGGUCUUUGAAUUCUGAUGAUUUCGACUCUGAUAUACUCGAUUCUGAUGAUGAUGGUUCACAGAGAGAAACUAAAGAUGGAGACAGAUUAUCAUCCGAAGACGAAGUCCAUGGUUUAUGAUGGCAAUGAAAAUAGUGAGGAACCUGGGAGUGAUGAAGGUUCUGAGCAAAGUAAAGUCGCUGAAGAGAGUGAUUCUUCAGAAAAUGAGGUCUAUGCUUUCUCUAUUCGUUUUAGAAUUUGAAACUAUCUCUCACCAGUUACUGCACCUGGCUUUCUUUCUCCCACUGUUGUUUAUAUAUCAAUUCUAGGUACCUCAUUCCAAUGAUUUUCAUGAUCUGGGUUCUAUAUUUUCUUCCUUUUUCUGAUAUUUAGCAUUCUAGAUCUCAUGAAAUGUUUGCAUUUUCUUGUGUUUACAAAUUUAUUUAGAGUCUAGAAUAAGAAUGAAAAUUGUAGCAAAGAUAACAACUGGGAGUAUCAAAUUUGAUAUGGGGCUUAUUAACUACUGUUAGUUCUCAACUUGUAAGUUCCAAUCAAGUUUUUAGUUUUGGCUAAAAUAAGUUAAUGUGCUGCUCCUAUUGUUGGCUGCACUCUCCUUCAGGUUUGACAAGAGAACGUCUCUGAGUUAGGUCAAGAUUACCUAUCAGGAUGCAAGAUCUCUUUUCUUUUUCUUUUUGUAUUUAUCUCUGCUGAAACUGGGAUGUUCCAGUUCGAUUGUGGAUAUUUAAUUUGAAUCAUUUUUAAUAGUUUGCUUUGUGAUUUGUCUUAUUAUUUUGAUGUAAUGUUACUUGCGAGGCUUUGCCUCCUUAAUAAAAAGGCUGUGGCCAUCCAUAACCAUCUGGAGAGGAACUAGAAGGACAAGGAAAGAGGAACCGCUAAGUUGUCUCUGAACCUUAUGGAAUGGUUGUUUGUCAACAUGAAUUGGUUCACGUCCUGUUAUCAGAGACUUUACGCAGCAGAUUAGUCAGGUUAGACUACUGUUUUCAAAUCAAGACGUGCAAUCGUUUGACUAAUCAAUUCAUUCUCUCUUGUCCACCUAACUAACUAGAUUGCUGUGAUUUGAGUAUAUGAUUACUAUAGGGGUAGAGGUGUGUGUUGGCAAGGAAUGCGACAAUGUCUAUGUUUUAGGUCAUAAUGGUACCGUUUUGUAUAAUUGUAUAAGAAUUAAUGUUAGUAUAAGAUUUGAUGUUUUGUAAGACUUGAUGUAUUGUAACACUUGUUUUGGUAUGAUAUUUGUGUGUUAGACAUGUUUUAAAUGAUUAAUAAAAUAAUCUUCGAGACCAAA